AAGUAAAACGACCGAUGCACCCCUACACGGAAGCACGCAUUUAAAAGCAGACACGGUGGUUUUGCUGUGAAACUCACAAAAAUCGCACAUACAGAUUUUUCUUAAAGCUCCCUCAAGUGUGUGACUGCGACUGGUUUCACAGAGUUCUUGCUUGAACUUAAUCUAUUUUGUGUAUUGCAAAGGUGGAUAGACUAUGAACAUGGAUUCUGGGAAGAUACUUCUGCUGCUGCUUUGCUUGAAUGUGGCUAUCUUGGGAGUGAUUGGCAACCCACCAACUUGCCCUGCUGAUGUUGAUACCCAAUGCAGUGCUUCUAGCGAAUGGAAAGGGGAAUUUUUCCCUAACAUUCCUAAAGUUAAAUACGAGGGCCCCUCUAGCAAGAACCCACUUGCAUUUAAAUGGUAUAACGCAGAUGAGGAGAUUCUGGGGAAGAAGAUGAAGGAUUGGUUCAGGUUUAGUGUAGCUUUUUGGCACACAUUCCGUGGGACAGGAGGUGAUCCAUUUGGUGCACCUACGAAGAAUUGGCCCUGGGAGGAUGGAACCAACUCACUUGACAUGGCUAAGAGAAGAAUGAGGGCCAACUUUGAAUUUAUAAACAAGCUUGGAGUUGAUAGGUGGUGUUUCCAUGACAGGGAUAUAGCACCUGAUGGAAAAACCUUGGAGGAAACUAAUGCUAACUUGGAUGAAGUCGUGGCCCUUGCUAAGGAGCUUCAGGGUACCAAGAUUCGCCCAUUGUGGGGUACAGCUCAGUUGUUUAUGCAUCCUCGCUACAUGCAUGGUGGUGCUACAAGCCCUGAAUUAGGUGUAUAUGCAUAUGCUGCUGCUCAAGUUAAAAAAGCUAUUGAGGUCACACAUUAUUUAGGAGGAGAAAAUUAUGUAUUUUGGGGUGGCCGUGAGGGCUACCAGAGUCUCCUGAACACUGAUAUGGGACGAGAACUUGAUCAUAUGGCCAGGUUUCUUGAAGGUGCUGCAGCCUACAAGAAGAAAAUUGGAUUCAAUGGGACCUUACUGAUUGAACCCAAGCCCCAAGAACCUACCAAACAUCAGUAUGACUGGGAUGCUGCAACAACAUCUAAUUUUCUGCGGAAAUAUAACCUUUUAGGAGAAUUCAAAUUAAACAUUGAGUGCAACCAUGCAACACUAUCUGGUCACAGUUGUCAUCAUGAGCUUGAAACUGCAAGACUCAAUGGUUUACUGGGAAAUAUUGAUGCAAACACUGGCGAUCCUCAGACUGGUUGGGAUACAGAUCAGUUUCUCACAGAUAUUGGAGAGGCAACUAUGAUUAUGCUCAGCGUUGUCAGAAAUGGAGGAUUAGCACCUGGUGGAUUCAACUUUGAUGCAAAAUUACGAAGAGAGAGCACAGAUGUUGAGGAUUUGUUCAUUGCGCACAUUAGUAGUAUGGACACCCUGGCCCGUGGCUUACGUAAUGUUGCCAAGCUUAUUGAGGAUGGUUCACUUGCUGAGCUCGUUCGCAAACGAUACGAGAGCUUUGACACUGAAAUUGGAGCUCAGAUAGAGGCUGGUAAGGCUGAUUUUGAAUUUCUUGAAAAGAAAGCAUUUGAAUGGGGUGAACCUAAGGUUCCUUCCGCCAAACAGGAACUUGCCGAGAUGAUUUUCCAAUCUGCUCUUUAGAUAGAAAGCAUAGAUGGAUUGGAUAGGAGUUUUCUUCACCAAUAAAAGAUUCUAGUUUCUCUAAUUAGGCCUAAUUAUGUAGUUUAGCUAAAUUCUCAUGUAGACAAUACCUUUUUUUCUUUUUUCCUUUCUUUUUAUGGAUUAUAUACAUGCCCCUCUUCGAUAA